ACCCAGGGGACCAAUUUGAGUGGUACACAGCACAUGGUGCCCUGUGCUGAAUUAUCGACUUCCCCCACCCCCACCUUCACCUCCACCACCUCCACCACCACCACCACCACCAGCAGCAGCAGCAGCAGCAGAGGCACUAUUGCACAGGGAUAAAAGGAUGCGGAUUAGGGUUCAGUUGUCUUGGCAACCCAAGAUGCCAUCUGUCAUGUGAGCGCUGAUCCUCAUCAUGUAGCCCAGACAUUGUUUUAAUUCAAUCAUUUUCUCACUUCCAGGCACGCCUCCUGUUAAAUACACAGCCUGUGUCAGCAGAAAUCUAACAAGGGGGAUGAAAUGAUCAGUAAUGUGCGCUCACAUGUGGAGAAGCUGAGGGCGAUGAACAUCUGGCUGGAGUGAUGUGAGAGCUGAAUGUGAGAGAAAAACAAACACGACGAGGGAAAAGUGGAAAAAGAAGAGACUUUGUAAAGGAGAGGAGCAUCCAUACGAGCUGCACUGACAUAAAGGAAUUUUUUUUUAACAAUAGCAACAACAAAAAAAAGCCAGCCAUCAUCAUAUCCAUGCACCAAUGAAUCCUCCAACAUGUCCAAGGUGUCUGACCUUCCCUGGCCUCUGUUGCAAGAAAACUGAAGCACAGUUAGUCUCCACUGUUUGGAGCUGUAAGCGACGGACCUUUCCAUCCUGUGAUGAUAUGAAGUUUAUUUAGUCUGGAGGCAGCUGAAGAAAGGUCCUGGGGGUUCGUCAGAGACCAGUCCAAACUGAAACAUGGAAAGUGAAGUGGUAGACAUGAACAACAGCAUCGACGGUCCUCUGAGUCCGAGGAUCCUGACCGGGCUGGGGAUGGCUUGUCUUCUCAGUGACAAGUACAGACACUCUGGGCCCGGCUUAACCAGUCCUCAGGAGUACACCCAGUGGCUGCCAUACCGCCAUGACGCCAGCCUGCUUCCAAUGAAAGAAGACUUGGCUUUCUGGCUCAACAAACUCCUUGGUGAGGACCUCACAGCCGACAGUCUGAUGGAGAGGUUGGAUAACGGCGUCCUCCUCUGUCGGCUGGCACAGCUGCUGCAGGAAACUAUGAUCCACACCAACAAUAGCAAGCCCUUCAUGAGGAGAGUGAUCCACUGGCGUGCCGAUGCAACCUCAGGCUCCUUUUUCGCCCGUGACAACACCGCCAACUUCCUCUACUGGUGCAGAAAGAUCGGCGUUGAUGAGGCUUAUCUUUUUGAGUCGGAGGAUUUAGUUCUCCACAAGCAGCCUCGGGAGGUGUGCCUGUGUCUGAUGGAGCUGGGCCGGAUUGCAGCCAGAUAUGGAAUCGAGCCACCAGGGCUGGUGAAGCUGGAAAGAGAGAUAGAAAGAGAGGAGGCAGGCCGCUUCUCUCCAUCGUCCCCUCUGCCCUUCUCCUUUUUCCCACCUGCAUCCUUUUAUUCACCAUCACAGUCAUCACUUCCCAAAGCCCCCUCUCCUCCUCCUCCUCCCCCUUCCCCUCCUCCCCCUGCAUCCGUCGCUCCCGCUCCAACCCGUGUGCCUGAACCCCUCGCUGUCUCUGUUGCCUCUGAUCUUCCAUCAACUACAACAAACCCAGCUCCUCCGUGUUUACCCCCUCCUCUAUCCUCUAACCCCUGCAUGACCACAGCCUCAACACAAACACCUUUGUUCUCUUCAUCCUGCACCAGCAACACAUCUGUUGCAACUUCACCAUCAGCACCCUCAGCAGACCAAAUCCUAAACCAUCACACUCCAACAAUAACGCCACCCAUUGCUUCACUUCCUGCAGCCAGAACUCCUCGCUCCACCAGCAAAUCCAUGAGCCGGAGGAGCGCGGGCGCCCCCGACAUUUUAGAUGAUAUUGUGAGAAACAUUAUCGAGAACCCUCCCUGCAGCUGUCCCACCAGGUUCCCUGUCCAAAAGCAACCUAAAGGAUGCUACCGUGUCGGGGAAAAAGUUCUGUACAUACGAAUGCUGAAUGAGCGUCAUGUGAUGGUGCGUAUAGGCGGAGGCUGGGAGACCUUCAUCAGUUACCUGCAGAAACACGACCCCUGCAGAGGAGGAGGAGCGGCAGGGGGCAGAUCCGAGGUCAGGGUCUGCAGGGACAAAGUGAAGUCGCCCACUUUGAGCAUGUCACCUGACAGCUACAUGGUGGUGGGCGCACAUUACCGCAGCAAGAAGUGAAGUCGACAAAGUGCUUGUUUUAGCUUCCUGCGAGGGAACGUUUUACGUUCCAGACUACACUAUGUGAGGGGAAUGAUUUCAUGUGCAGGUCUUCAACUCCUGUUUAAAAGGAAAUCAAAGUUUUUACACAACACCUGAUCACUAUCUGCAUGAAACCUACUCAAAAAAGGAUCAUCAGGACUGUAAAUAGUUGACAUAAAGUCAAUAGAGGAUAAAUAGGCCAUACAUUUUCAUUUUUUAUAAUCUAAUUACAAAGGAUUUACCUCCUACAUUAAACAGACCUGACAUCUUUGGCUUGCAGAUGAAUUUUGAAUACACAAACUACCAGUCAAAAGUUUGGAGACACCUUCUCAUUC